AUGGGGAGCCGCAAUUCCAACUCGGCUCCACAAAGUAAAUGCAACGCGCCCAAAAGUUUGCGGCUGCCCGCGGCGCUCAGGGUGGGUUUGCCUGGAGUUCGCAAGGAGCAGCAGGAAGAUGAAAUCAAGAAGUACGCUGAGACUGCGAUGAACGAGCUCUUGGGCUGGUACGGCUACGAAAAAGUAGACAGCGCAGAAACCCAAGGACUGCAACUGCGCCACUUCGGUCCCUCGGCUUCUCUGCUCGCCUCACAGAAACGAGCCAAGAUGCAGCUGGAAGGUGGAGCGCCGCGCCGACUUGCCCACACCAGGCACCGUCAAAAGUCUACACCCGCGCCGCCAGAGUCCACGGACUCUGACGACGAAAUCGACCCGGGCAGAGUGGAAUCGCUGCCCUCAUCUCUAUCCAAAGAUCAGACCAGUCCGGACUUCACACUCUGCUCAUGGUGUCAUCAAACGGGUGCCCACAUCAUAGACAACACGUCUUCGAAGGACAGCAAAGAUCAGCCGCAAAGAGCUUUCUGCUCCGAGCAAUGUUUCUCGCAGUGCAGGAGAGCGAAUUUCAAGAGAAACAAAGUCUGCGAUUGGUGCAAGCACGUCCGACACUCGACAAACUAUGUUGACUUCAAGGACAACGAGUCUCAACUUCAGUUCUGCAGCGAGAAGUGUUUGAAUCAGUGCAAAAUGAGCAUAUUCUGCAAGGAGGCUCAGGCGCACCUGCAAUCACAACUAGUCAACUCGGACCAGUCGGCUCCGAGUAGCAGUGGGAACGGCACCCUGAUAACCCCGGAACUUUGGCUCAAAGACUGCAAAAACAACAGUGAUGACGAUGCAUCGGGAUUUGCCGGCGCUGGCUCUGAUUCACCAAAGUCCACCAUAUCCUCGCACAGUAGCAACCGCUCCAUUAGUCCUGCACAACAGACAGCACCUCCAGCAAGGAAAACGCCAUCACCAAAAAUUUCCUCACCAGCAAAACAGAAGAAAGAAAAAAAGUACAAAGAAGCAGCUCCAACUCAGCCCACCGCGACAUACCCCAUGAGUAGUGUCCUACCUGAUCCGUACGCAGCUUUUCCCCUUCCCCCACCCCCUCGUUUCCCGGAGCAAUUUUGUUUUCCGUCGUUGCGCCCACCUUUGCCUCCCCUUUUGAGGCCACCCUUAGGUCUCGGCUUCGGACCUUUCGCUCCACCUGCGAGACCACCGUUUCCUUCGGUCACGGUUAUGGUGCCAUUUCCUGUUCCCCUGCCCAUUCCCAUACCCAUACCAAUUAUUCUGCCCCUAUUUUCUUUGCCAAAAACUUCUUCCCCACCACCUGCGGAAGUCGCUACCUCAGAGGUGACAAAGAGUGAAAAAGAAGAAGAACCGUCCGAGUCGUGCUCGUCGCAUAAGAAACCGAAAAUUACUUGA